CGGCUAAGCGGUCAAGGCAACACGGAUACACGCCUACACGCUUACACGGCUCCACGGUUAAGCGGCCUGUCUCAGGCAUGGACGAAUCAAAACAUCAGUCUUUACCGUUGGCCCAUCGCCACUUCGACACGCUCCACAAAGGCUCAUCUCCCAGACACCCAGAUAUCUGGGGGUUGCGGGGUCCGGGGUCUCAGUCUGGGGCACGUAGUUGGUUAGGAAGGUUCCAUGUUGACUCGUGCCGACCUGGUUUUGUGCUAGCGUGCCAUGCUACCGGAACUUUACUCGGAGGGCGACGCACCUCGACUUCUUGGCUGAAGGACGCCGCGAUGCUGUGAGGGCGGGAGAUAUAAGUCGUUUUGGUCGCCCUGCUCUGCACACGUAGACGGACAUAUUCGCUCUGUCCUACCAGACAGUCGUACUGCUCAGUGCCAGCGAACUUGCUUGAACUCGGUCGACAACUCCAACCACCGUCACCAUGGGCUUCACCAGCCUCUGGAAGAGGCUAUCCCCUUCCCAGCUCAAUGUCGCCAUCCAGACCUUCUCCCUGAUCAGCAUCUUUUUCGAAGGAUACGACCAGGGCGUUAUGGGAGGAGUGAACGCCUCCCCUCGCUACGUCACCGAGGUUGGCAUCGGCCAGCCGGAUGGUACCGUCACAGACACCGUUCAUCAGGGGGGUAUCGUGUCGGUGUACUACCUCGGCUGCAUCUUCGGUUGCUUUGCCGGCGGCUGGGCCGCCGACAGGAUAGGGCGGAUCAACGGUCUCUUUUUCGCAUCCAUCUUUGCCCUCAUAGGCGGCGCCCUUCAGGCAGCAACCCAGUCGAGCGACUUCAUCCUCGUAGCGCGCGUCAUCACAGGCAUAGGCACCGGCGCCCUAACCGGCAUCACCCCCGUUCUCGUCUCCGAGACGUCGACAGCAGCGCACCGAGGCGGAUACCUGGGAUACGUCUUCAUCGCCAACUACCUGGGCAUCGCGGUCGCUUAUUGGAUCUCGUUCGGGCUAGCCUUCGUCGACAACGGCUACUCGGAAGUGCGAUGGCGCUUUCUCCUUGCGUUUCAGUGCUUCCCUGCCCUCCUCCUGCUCGCCGGCAUCAAACUCCUGCCCGACAGCCCUCGCUACCUGGCGUCGGCCGGCCGGCUCGACGACGCACGAGAGGUCCUCGAACACGUCCGCGGCGGCUACGGCCCCGCAGUGGAACAGGAGUUCCGCGAAAUCGCGGCCGUUGCUAAAGACAGCCAGAGGAGCUCCCCCAUCCAGUUCGCCAAGAUCCUCGCGGGCCAGGGCGGCAAGCCCGGCCAUCACCUGGGCCGCAGGGCAUGGCUCUGCAUGUGGCUGCAGAUCAUGGCCUCCUGGACCGGCAUCACGGCCGUGACGGCGUACUCGCCCGUCCUGCUCUCGGCCGCCGGAUACAGCGAGCUGACGCAGAACGGCCUGGCGGGCGGGCUCAACACGGUCGGCAUCGUCGGCACCGUCAUCAGCGCGCAGAUCGUCGACCGGCUCGGCCGCCGCGCCUGCCUCAUGGGCGGCUCUCUUGGCUUGUUCGUGGUGAAUCUGGUCGCGGCGGCCGUCUACGAGGCGUCCAGAGCGCACCCGGACCGCGCCUCGUCCUUCGCGCCCGCCGCCGUCGCCAUGCUCUUCCUCUUCAACCUCUGCUACGCCGCCACGUGGGGGACCGUCGCCUUCUUGGUGCCGACCGAGAUCUGGUCGUCGGAUAUGCGGGCGCAGGGCAACGGCUUCGGCAUCACCGGGUGGGCCAUCGGCGUCGGCGGCACGGUGCUGGUCAACCCCAUCAUGUUCGACAGGCUGGAGAACAGGACCUACUUCCUCUUCGCCGGCCUGAAUCUGUUGUGGAUACCUAUUAUUUAUCUCUUUUACCCCGAGACGGCCCAUCGAUCCCUCGAGUCGAUUGACGCCCUCUUCUCAACCAAAAGACCAUUCAAUUGGGAUAUGGAACGGGCGUACCGCGAACAUGGGGACGUCCUCCGUGAGACGAGACAGUCGGAUUCUUCUGCCAUCGAUAAUGAGAGUGAAGCGGAGAAGGCUAAGGAACUUGUCCACGGCGAGCACGUUUAAGAUGCGUUGUUAUCAACUACCUACCUACCACCUUGAACGGCGUUCUGGAAUAGUUAAUGUGUACGAUAUCGGGUAGCUGAGUCUAAGAAACCCCUCAG